AUGCCAUGGGGGACCACGAAUCAUGGAGAAAAAGGGGAGAAGGUUAAAGCAGAUUACUCUUUAUGUGCUUGCUUGCAAAAGAAUGAUGGCUAUAAUGCCCUCUUCACCCCUGGAGGCUUAAUAGCAAGAACCGAGGGAUUAAUGAAUCUGUUCUCGUUUUGCUGGAGCCCGUUUGGGAAUGAAUUAGAAAAUAACGAAACAAACAACGUUCUCGGCGGCGGCGGCAGCGGAAGUAGCGGUGGCUCAAGGGAAGUUAGAGAUGGGUUUCUUUGGUUUUGUGAUAUAGGGAAAUAUGGGUCCGGUGAAUUUUUCGUAGCCGUGAUCCAAGCGAACCAGGUGCUAGAGAACCAGAGCCAGAUUGAGUCGGGCCAAUUCGGCACCUUCGUCGGAAUCUAUGACGGACACGGAGGAUUCGAGGCGGCACGUUACGUUUGCGAUCACUUGUUUAGUAAUUUUCGAGCAAUGGUGGCUGAAUCGGGGGAAGUUGUGACUGCUGAGACCAUUCAAAGAGCUUUUCAACAAACAAAGGAAGGGUUUACGGCCCUGGUGUCGGAGCUAUAG